AUGUUAAGAUGGACCGAACAAAGGGAAACCUCAAAGUGUCUGAGUUGGUUUUGGAAUCACACACUACACCUGCCAGAAACUUUACACCUAAUGGUGUCACAGAGGAAAAUUUCGGAGUUACAAGCUUUUGAAAUUGGAAUGGCAGAUGAUGCAGGUAUUAGGCCAAAAGCGUCACAUGAGUUGGCAAGUCGCCAAGUUGGUGGACGACCCAAUCUUAGCUAUACCCUCCGUGAUCACAAGAAUUAUUUGCGGACUAAGUGCCAACGAGAAAUGGCAUAUGGCCAAGCUGGUAGCAUGCUUAAGUAUUUUCAAGACAAGAUUGCUGAAAACCCAUCAUUCCAGUAUGCAUUGCAAAUGGAUUGUGAAGAACAAAUAGCAAAUAUAUUUUGGGUUGAUGCUAAAAUGAACAUGGACUAUGCACAUUUUGGUGAUGUUGUUAGUUUUGACACUACUUUUGGAACAAACAAGGAGAGCAGGCUCUUUGGUGUUUUUGUCGGUUUCAAUCACUUUAGAGAAACUGUGGUUUUUGGUGCUGCUCUCAUGUAUGAUGAAACCUUUGCAUCCUUCAAGUGGUUGUUCGAGGCCUUUCUAAAUGCUCAUAAAGGAAAGGCGCCAAAAACAUUCUAUACGGAUCAAGAUGCUGCAAUGGGAAAGGCAGUUGGAGAAGUGUUUGCGGAAGUGUGGCAUGGAUUAUGCACCUUUCACAUUAUGCAAAAUGCUGCCAAACAUCUACACGUAGAGAAGGAUGAAGAGAAGAAAAAGGACAAGAAAAAGGAGAAGAAGAAAGAGAAAGAGAAAAAUAAAGACAACAAAACAGAGGAGAAUGAAGAAACGGGUAUUUUAUCAGAUUUUAGCGCAUGCAUGUUUGAGUAUGAAGACAUGGAGGAAUUUGAACAAAAGUUUGACCUCAUGAGGAAAAAGGUGAGCAAGCAGACUUGGUUGGAUAGUAUAUAUAAGCUAAAAGAAAAAUGGGCUGAAUGUUAUAUGAAGGAUGUCUUCAGAUUAGGAAUGAGAAGUACACAAUUGAGUGAGAGUUUUAACAAUGACUUGAAAAUCCAUUUCAAAUCUGAUUUUGAUAUCAUUCGGUUCUUUAAGCAUUUUGAAAGGAUGGUACAAGGAAAAAGGAAUACCGAGUUGAAUUCAGAAUUUGAAUCAAGGAAAAAGUUGCCUAAACUAUGUAUGAGGAGACCACCACCUAUGUUGGUGCAGGCUAGCAAGUUGUAUACACCUGGUAUAUUUGAUGCUUUUCAAGGUGAAUAUGAAAGAUCAUUGUUAGCUUGCACCAAGACAUUGGAUGGCUGUAAUGAAUAUCUAGUUGGAGAUUUUACCUUUGAGGAGGAGUAUAAAGUUAUUGGUGAUCCUUUGAAACAAAUAGUUGUGUGCAGCUGUCAGCAAUUUGAUAAAAUUGGUAUAUUGUGUGGUCAUGCUCUUAAAGUUCUUGAUUUAAUGAAUAUCAAGUCACUACCACCACAUUAUGUGUUAAAGCGAUGGACACGGGAAGCUCGAAAUGGAACUGUACAAGACAAAGAGGGGAGAAACAUAAUCGAAAAUCCAAAUAUGGAUGCCAUGCUUAGCUACAGAUAUAUGUCCCGUAAAUUUCAUAAUUUGGCAGACCGAGCAUCCAACUUUCCAGAGUGCGUCGUGUUGGUAGAUAGCACACUAGACAUCCUUGGUAAGCAAAUUGAAGAAAAAAUCAAUGCAUGUACAAGCACACCACGGUUUCCAGGUACAAGUGUAACUGAUGCUAGCCCACCAAAUGAAUUGUUGAGUAAUGCACGCCUAAAGAAAAAGGAGGUCGAAACAAAAACUUCAAAACGAAGAAGAAGUUGGCUUGAUAAGAAGCACAAGAUUAGAAAAAAGAGAGAAAACCAAACUACAUCACAUUUCGGGGAAGAGAUACAAGAGGUUCUGGAAGAGGCACGUGGUGAUAGUGCACAAGUUGCAAAUGAUAAUGUUUGUACAGGCAAAGAGAAUGAAUCUAAAGUUUGCGAUGGCAAUCUUAGCUUCACUCAACUCUUAACGUUCUUACAGAGGAUGAGCACGGAGACGACACGCCAGCUUCUGCUCCUCCGCUUGGAGGACGCGGCCGCCGUGCGCCAGCUGAGGUUGAUUAGGCAACUAGGCUGGCACACGCUCCUGCUCCUCCUCUUGGACGACGCGGCCGGCGUGCAUCAGGUCGGGGCGACGAGAGGAUGAGCGUGACGACAUGUCAGCUCCUGCUCCUCCGCUUGGAGAAUGCGGCCGGCGUGCUCCAGCUAGGGUUGAGCUCGGCGACCAACCCAGCACACGCUCCUGCUCCUCCUCUUGGAGGAUGCGGCCGGCGUGCGGCAAGGCGGCGACAACGACAUCGAGGUCGACCGCGGCGACCAGUGUUAGCUGAAUAUAUUCAGUUAGUCUGUUAGUUUGUUUAUAUCUCUAACGACAGCUAGCUAGGAUAACUCUUCAGCCUAAUCUUGCUCUGAUUGUUACGCAAGAUAUGUGCUGCCCUGUAUGCUAUAUAUAGCCACCGAUCCAUAUUAAUGAAAGUGGUUGUUGCAUUGCC